AUGGUUCAGUGCGAUAGUUGCAAGCGGUGGUUUCAUUUUUCAUGUGUAAAGGUAACGCAGGAAAUCCAAGAUGUAAGUUGGUUCUGCGCCAGCUGUGCUACCCUGAGCAGUAAACAACCAACGGCUCCCCCCGUAGUUGAUCGAGACCAAACGGCAACAAAUCCACCCCCAUCGCAGCGAUCUAGGAGCAUUGGAAGAAGCUCACAGAGCGAGUCAAGAAGGAGAUUGAAGCUGCAGUUGCUGAAGAUCGAAGAGGAAAAGAAAUUGGAGCAGAGGUACCUAGAGAAGAAAUUUGAAGCGCUUCUUGAGUACGGCAGUGAUACAUCAACAGUGAUUAGUGAAACCGAGGCGAAUAGAACAGAGAAGAUCGAGCAAUGGGUAGCUGAUACGGAGCGGUGUGGAGAAGACGCAGAUUCCGGUCUGGAACCAGAAGAAAUAGGAGGACCUGUUCCAAGCAACUUGAGAGGUCCUUCAGAGCACCAGGCUCAACAUUUCGGACGAAGUAUAAGCCAGCCAGCGCAUCCACAGGAUUAUCCAGCACCAUCAGGGUUCCGUAGUUCCCAACCUGCCCAUCAUCGGAUCAUCACUAAUCAUCCGUCGCUGAUUGAACCACGCUCGUUCGUUCCGGGUCAAGGGUCAACACCGAUGCGUCAAAGUCAUCAAGUGCCAACGUUUCCGUCUAUGCCACAUAUCGACGAUGAAACGGUAUGCAUUUUAAACAGAAGCCAGCUGGCCGCCCGGCAGGCAGUCUCGAAAGAUCUCCCGGAGUUCAGCGGAAAUCCUGAGGAUUGGCCACUCUUUUUCUCAGUUUUCACCAACUCCACCCAAAUGUGCGGGUAUUCGAAUGAGGAAAAUAUGCUGCGGCUUCGAAAGUGCCUAAAGGGAAGGGCAUUAGAAGCAGUCAAGUGCCGUUUGCUCCAUCCAUCAAAUGUCGGAGGUGUGUUGUCUACACUGAAAAUGUUGUAUGGCAGACCGGAAGCAAUUGUGCAAGCAAUCGUGAAGAAGGUUCGAGCUUUGCCAUCGCCAAACAUCGAUAGGUUAGAGACGGUGGUCAACUUCGCGCUCACCGUAGAGAACUUGGUAGCAACAAUCCAAGCAUGUGAAGUACAUGAUUUCGUCUACAAUGCCUCGCUACGAUACGAACUGGUGGAACGACUACCUUCGACCUUGAAGCUGGAUUGGGCUAAACACUCUAGGAAUAAACCCAAUCCGAACCUGCUUGACUUCAGUUCGUGGCUGUAUUCAACAGCAGAAGACGCUAGCGCGGUGAUGGCAUCGGUAAGCGGGGACUCAAGGCCUCGCUCCAGCAAGAAGGAUGGAUUCCUCAACGUACAUUCAGAAACCGAGUCGAGUUGUAACAGAUUGUACACGGCGUCGUCGAAAGCGAAAGCAACAGCAUCUAGUGAGUCGGAGAAACAGUGUCCCAUAUUGCAAGCGUACGCAUUUAUCGAUGACGGGUCUGAACUUUCCUUAAUGGAUCAAAGCCUAGCGGAAGAGCUAGGAUUGAAAGGACCACGGAAGUCAUUAUGCCUGAAAUGGACGGGAGAAACGCAGCGAUUGGAGAAUGCGUCACAGCUAACGCUGCUGUAUUCCGUGAUCCAGGAGAAAUACCAACAUCUUGCUAGGCUACCGAUCGAGUCGUAUGAGAACGCCUGUCCUCGGAUACUGAUAGGUCUUGAUAACCUUAGUCUCGGACAUCCGUUGAAGUGCAGAGAACGACAGCCGCAGGAGCCGAUAGCCGUUAAGACACGACUUGGAUGGACCAUCUGCAAGUGCAACAAAUACAGCGAUGAAGAUCUUCACCAAGCCGUAAAAAACUAUUUCGCACUGGACAGCAUUGGCAUCGUGAAGCCCGACAGACUUCUACAGUCGCAAGGCGACCAGCGUGCACAGAUGCUCCUUGAAACGCUAACGAAGGCUCGAAAUGGGCGGUAUGAAUCCGGACUUCUUUGGAAAUACGACAACGUUCGUUUACCGGAUAGCAAACCAAUGGCGUUGAAGAGAUGGGAGUGUUUGGAUCGAAGGAUGAAACAUGACCCAUUACUAGCAGAAGCAGUUAAAGCGAAGAUCGAGGAUCACAUCACGAAAGGUUACAUUCGGAAGCUGACUGAUGAGGAGGUUCAAGCGAAAUAUCCACGUGUUUGGUACCUACCAAUGUUCCCGGUGGUAAACCCAAACAAACCUGGAAAGACGCGGCUCGUUUGGGAUGCGGCGGCAACCGCCCACGGAGUCUCAUUGAAUUCCGUAUUACUAAAGGGCCCGGACUUAUUAACGUCGCUGCCAUCAGUACUGACUCAAUUCCGAGAAUUCCGAACGGCAGUUUGCGGCGACAUUCGUGAAAUGUAUCAGCAAGUCUUGAUGCGGGAGGAUGAUCAGCCCUACCAGCUCUUCUUCUAUGCGGACAACGGAGAAAAUCCAAGCACUUACGUCAUACAAGUGAUGACCUUUGGAGCCCCCGAGCUGCUCCCCGAGUACUGCACAGACUAUCCGGCUGCAGUCGAAGUGAUCGUCAAGCGUCACUACGUUGACGAUAUGCUAUUGAGUGUCGAACAGGAGGAAGAAGCAAUCAAGCUAACGGGUGAUGUGAAGAAGAUACAUGCAUUGGCGGGAUUUGAAAUUCGUAAUUGGGCGUCUAACUCUCGGGCAGUACUGGAGGCGCUGAACGAAUCAGCCACAACGGAGAAAAACCUGGGCGGUGAACAUACGGUUGAAAAGAUUCUUGGAAUGUGGUGGAACACUACCUCAGAUCACUUCACGUUCAAAAUCUCCAAUCCCGAAGACAAUGAUAUCCAGCUACACACAUUCGUCGAUGCGAGCGAAACUGGCUUUGCGGCCGUGGUAUAUCUGAGGUUCCAAGAAGCAACUAUCAUUGAGUGUGCGCUAGUGGGAUCUAAGACAAGAGUUUCACCUCUCAAGUUUCUGUCAAUUCCACGCUCCGAGCUUCAAGCCGCGAUUAUUGGAGUUCGGCUAGCAGACACCAUAGGCCAUUCGCUGUCAAUCAAGGUGAAGCAGCGAUUCUUUUGGACGGAUUCUAAGGAUGUACUCUGCUGGUUGAAUUCCGAUCACCGGCGUUAUAGCCAGUUCGUCGCCUUUCGUGUUAGCGAAAUUCUCGAGACGUCGGAUGUACGCGAAUGGAAUUGGGUUCCGAGUAAGCAGAAUGUAGCAGAUGAAGGAACGAAGUGGAAAAACAAUCCCGACUUGUCCGCUUCCAGUCGCUGGUUUAGUGGUCCAGAGUUCCUGUGGAAACCGUCGGAUCAGUGGCCUACCACCAAUCAUCGCACCGGAAACACCACCGAAGAACUUCGCCCACACUUGCUGUUGCAUGCGGAAGUCGCAAACCCGGUGAUCGACCUGCAUCGUUUCUCCAACUGGCAGAAAAUGCUUCGCUGCACAGCUUACGUUCUUCGCUAUGUACGCAAUCUGAAAAUCAGCGUAUAUCAGAUGGAACGGAUCAACGGACCCCUACAACGACGAGAGCUGAGCGAUGCUGAAUGCUAUCUGUUCCGAACAGCACAGAAUGCCGUUUACGCAGAUGAGAUCACCAUUCUCUCUAGAAACCGGCACACGGAGAAUCCAGAUAGCUCUAUCCCUAGAAGCAGUCCACUUUUCCAUCAAUGUGCCUUUCUAGACGAACACAAUAUCCUCAGGGUUCGGGGUCGAACGCAAGCUUGUCCGCUCAUCGCCCGAGAUGCCGCUCAACCGAUCAUACUGCCUCGUGAGCAUCCGAUCACACAGCUCAUCCUCCUUGAUUUCCACAAGCGAUUCAACCACCAGAAUCAUGCAACAACGCUCAACGAAGUUCGUCAACGCUACCGUGUUCCCAGACUAAAAGCGACGUACAGGACUGUACGGAAAGAGUGCCAGGAAUGCAAAAACGACCGUGCGUCUCCGCAGCCUCCCGCAAUGAGUGACCUGCCACCGUACCGUCUCGCUGCUUUCACACGACCGUUCACAUACAUGGGGGUGGAUUACUUUGGUCCUAUAACCGUCAUCGUAGGACGACGUUCCGAAAAACGGUGGGGAGUCUUAGCAACAUGCCUCACAACCCGCGCUAUCCACUUAGAACUAGCUCACACACUGACAACCGACUCGUGUAUCCUGGUGAUACGAAACAUCAUGGCCAGGAGAGGGACACCUGCAGUUAUCUUCAGCGAUCGUGGUACCAAUUUCCAGGGGGCAUCCAAAGAACUGAGAACAGUGAUGCAGAACAUCGAUCAGGAGCAGCUCAUGCAAGAGUUCACGACGCCUAAUACGGAGUGGACCUUCAUACCACCAGCAAGCCCACACAUGGGCGGGGCUUGGGAACGCCUAAUCCGCAGUGUGAAAUCCAAUCUCUAUAAGUUACCGUGGACAAGACUUCCAACAGAUGAGAUUCUCUAUAGUACGUUACUAGAAAUUGAGAAUGUCAUAAACUCACGACCUCUGACGGACAUCCGUAUGGAAGACGAUGAAUCACCGGUGUUGACACCCAACCAUUUCCUGCUAGGAUCGUCAAAUGGGAUGAAGUCAUGGGUGCCGUACAACAAUAGUCCCAAUGUGCUCCGACACAACUGGAAACUAUCACAGGCUAUGGUCAACGAGUUCUGGCGGCGGUGGUUGAGGGACUACCUUCCGUUUAUCACCCGGCGCACCAAGUGGUUCAUGAAGGUGAAACCAAUCCAUGUGAACGACGUGGUGGUCAUCGUAGACCCGAAGGCCCCUCGUAACAGCUGGCCUUUGGGACGAGUCAUCGCAACUAGACCUGGACAGGAUGGACAAGUGAGGAGUGCCACCGUCCAGACUGAUCAUGGCAUCUACGAACGGCCCGCAGUGAAACUCGCCGUGCUUGACGUAGGCGUUAGGGAUCAAUACGCUUCCGGAGGACCUUCUGCGCAUUCGGGGGGGGAGUGUUACUACGCCUAUCGAUUCGGCGAACCCCUCGACUUCCUGUGA